AUGGACACGGUCAUCGCCCUCCUUGUUCUUUCAACAAUACCAUUGCUUGUAGUAUCUGAGGUUCACUCUGUGGCCUCAUUCAGAGCUGUUGUGGAGCUGGUGUCAGGAGAUUCAAGGAUCUUCUCCGGGGAGAGCGCCCGUUUGAGAUGCAGCAUUCCUGAUGCCCACAGGUCCACCUGGACUAUUGAGUGGUUCAAGGGAUCUAAGAAGCUCUCACAGAAUAUUGAGCACCUCAGUCUGUGGAAAGCCUCUGUUAGAGAUAGUGGAAAAUUUUACUGCCAAGGAGUGAGGGACACACUGGUGGGAAACAUAAAAACGCUCCCAAGUCUGCCUGUGGAGAUAAACGUGGAUGGAGGGUGGGCUAUUCUGGAGGUCCCACCGCGUCCUGCCCUUGUUGGAGAAACUUUGACGGUGACGUGUCGCGUCCGAGGCAACCCUGUACUCCAAGAGGUGAUCCUGUACAAAGAUGGUGUUGAAGUUAUGAGACAAAGUGGCCUGAACCCACAUCUUCACUUGACCAACUUGGCCCUGAAGGACCAAGGACUUUAUUCCUGUAGGGCAUCCUGGGAUAUAGAGAGACGUACACGCUCUGUAAUUUCAGUGGACACUCAAGUGCAGGUCUCAGAGGUUCUGACGCAGCCAUAUUUGGAGAUUGUUGCAGACGAUAAACUGGUACCAGCAAAUAUGAUAAAGCUUGUCUGCCGUGUUGAAUACAACGCCCGUGCACCUGCCCCUCCAAUAAGCUACUAUUUCUACAAGAAUAACAACCUACUGGGACCAGCAACCUCUGAGAAACAUUAUCUGGCCGGACGGGUCCCAGGCCAUUACAGCUGCAGGGCCAAGGUGCCUCUGUUGGGCAUCUUUAGGUUGAGUGAACCCAAAAGCUUUGGAGAAGUGACAGAACCACAAAUGAUGACUCUUCCAGCUCUUCAUCCCAGAGGCCCAAGGCUGUUGGCUACCACAGUCCCAAACCCAGAUCUCUCUUUGCUUCCUGCAGCUAAGCCCACAGCAGCCUGGUCCAUCCCUAUUCAGCCUACAGAGGAGCACACCCAGCCCUCACCUCCUCUUCUGAUGCCAGCACCAAGUGCUCCACCAUCUACAGUCACCGAAAUUGUUAUCCCAGAAGUUGUCAAUGUAUCUGAGGGGUCUGGUGACAUGUGACAGUUAUACUUUAUACCCCAUUUCAGAAACUAAUCAUCCAAUCUGGGUAAUAAUGUUUAAUGUCCACAUCUUUAGCUAUCUGAUACCAAUCAUAUAGGGCCAGUGGUCUGCAAUUGUACACUUGUAUAUGUGAUUCUUUGUAUAACAUUAAUUUAACAGAUUAUAAGGUAUUAACUUCAUGAUCUCUCCUGUAGAAAACUAACUGGAUCAAUAGUAUUGAUGAUGACAACUAAUGUUAUUUUUGCUUAAGGGAAAUAAAGCAUUC